AUGGUGGUGGGAAAAUCACUAAUAAACGAAAAAUUGAGGGGGUCGAUGUGCGGGAUGAAAGAGAUAGAGAGUGAAAUAGAGAGGGUGUCUCGAGACGAGAGAAGCUCGCACAGCGUCUCGAGUGGGAUUCUACCGGCACUUGGCGUUCAUAGCAACCGUAGGGUCAAGCUUCGUCCCUUCAUCAUCUCUUAUCUUGAUCCUCGUUACCGAACCAUUGCCAUAAUUUGUAGAACAUGGGAUACAUUCCUUGUAGUGCUCGUCUUCUACACGGCAUGGGUGUCCCCUUUCGAAUUUGGUUUCAAUAUCGGGCCGAACGGGCCCCUUAGCAUCACCGACAACGUCGUCAACGGAUUCUUCGCCAUCGACAUCGUCCUCACAUUCUUCGUCGCCUACCUCGACAAAACAACUUAUCUCAUCGUCGACGACAGAAAGCAGAUCGCACUGCGGUACGCAAAAACAUGGUUAAUCUUCGACGUGAUAGCCACUAUACCUGCAGAGUUCGCUCAUAAAAUCUUACCCUCUAACGUCGAAUCGUACGGCUACGUCAGUCUUCUUCGUCUCUGGCGUCUCAGACGAGUCGGCGCAAUGUUUCAACGAUUGGAGAAAGAUAGGAACUACAACUAUUUCGUCGUUCGAGUUCUUAAGCUUACAUUCGUGGUGCUUUUCGAGGUUCAUUUUGCGGGUUGCUUCUUUUAUCUUCUAGCUGACAGGUACCCCGACCCAAAAAAGACGUGGCUCGGUUCUUCGAUGGCGGAUUUCCAUCAAGAGCCUCUACUCGACCGAUACGUAAUAUCUAUUUAUUGGUCAAUAGUCACCGCCACAACCACCGGAUACGGAGACUUACACCCUGUCAACACGGGCGAAAUGGUGUUCGACAUUUUCUUCGUAUUAUUCAACCUCGGUCUCAAUUCCUACAUCAUAGGAAACAUGACAAACUUGAUUGUCCAAGCAACUUUCAGAACUAGGAAAUUUAGAGAAGGUCUAAAUGCAGCAUCGAGCUUCGCGAAAAGGAAUCAUCUGCCGGCACGUUUGCAAGAUCAGAUGAUAGCGCAUUUGAGUCUUAGGUAUAGAACCGAUUCCGAAGGGCUGCAGCAGCAAGAAACCCUCGAUGCUCUUCCGAAGGCGAUCCGUUCGAGUAUAUUGCAUUUUCUUUUUUAUUCGCUCGUCGAUAAGGUUUAUUUAUUCCAAGGGGUGUCGAAUGAUCUACUAUUUCAGCUGGUUUCGGAAAUGCAAGCAGAGUAUUUUCCGCCUCGGGAAGAUAUAAUUUUACGAAACGAGGCGCCUACGGAUUUGUACAUUUUGGUUAACGGGGCAAUGGAGCUUAUAAAACAUAGAAACGGAAUCGAACAGGUUGUCGGAGAGUGCAAGACAGGGGAUGUGUGUGGUGAAGUAGGUGUUCUUUGCUAUAGGCCGCAAAUUUUCACCGUUCGUACGAAACGGUUGAGCCAGCUUCUUCGUUUGAACCGUACGGCGUUUUUAAAUAUCCUUCAAGCUAAUGUUGCAGAUGGCACCAUAAUCAUGAACAAUCUUCUUCAGCAUUUGAAAGAGCAAAAAGAUCCCGUGAUGCAAGAGAUUCUUACGGAUACGGAGCAUAUGCUCGCGCACGGAAGAAUGGACGUGCCUCUAAGCUUGUGUUUUGCGGCUUCGAGAGAGGAUGAUUUAUUGCUUCACCAUUUGUUGAGACGGGGUUUGGACCCGAAUGAAUUGGAUAGCAACGGUCGCAACGCUUUGAAUAUUUCAGCAUCAAAGGGUAGUUUAGAAUGUGUGCUCCAACUUUUAGACUAUGGUGCAAAUCCCAAUAGAAGAGAUUCAGAAGGAAACGUCCCACUUUGGGAUGCACUAUUGGGCGACCACGAGCCCGUGAUUAAAGCCCUCGUAGACAACGGGGCCACGUUAUCUUCUGGUGACGUGGGCCAAUACGCGUGCCAUGCGGCCGAGCAGAACAACAUAGAACUGCUCGAAAAAAUCAUUAAAUUCGGCGGUGACAUCACACUGCUCAAUAGCAUGGGGACCACCGCCCUCCACACCGCAAUAUCCGAAGACAACGUCGAAGUGGUCAAGUUCCUUGUCCAAAACGGGGCCGACAUAGACAAGGUCGACGUGCACGGGUGGACACCGCGCGCGUUGGCCGAGUACCAAGGCCACGAAGAGAUCAACGCCCUCUUUCGAACAAUAGGGGUAGAUUCGGAAAAACAAAAAACGCACCAUAAAAGUGCGAGCCUAACCCUAGAAAUGCCCGAAGCACCGUACCUUAAAAAGUACUCGAGCGAGCCGACGAUGCCUCACAUGACUCCCGAUCAAAAAACAUCAAACGCCACGGAGGCGGAUUUGGGUGGGUCCCACGUGAGAUCGGGGGCUAACAGUUUUCAAAAUUCACUUGCGGGGAUCAUCACAACCGGCAUGAGACAAAAUGAAGAAAUAAGCGGUCAUUUUGUACCUCCCCCGGAUUUUGUUAUGCCACGCGAGCAUGCUAGAGUGAUCCUUAGAUGUACCGAAAGGGACGACGUAGAAGGAAAACUCGUGCUUUUGCCGGGAAAUUUUCAAGAUUUGUUAGAUUUGGGGUUUCAGAAAUUCGGGUUCAAUCCAACUAAAGUUCUUACGAAAGACGGAGCAUUAAUCGAAGAAUUAGCUGUAAUACGAGACGGCGAUCAUCUUUUUUUGGCUAGUUAAAUGGUAG